AUGAUGCCUUUAAGACCAUCAAAAAGCGCUCUGCGCUCCAUCCACCUUCGGCAACUCGCUGGACGUAGGCCCUUCUCGACCUCGUUUGUGGCCGCUGCCUCGCCUCUUCGCUCUUCUGCCCAGAAGCGUACCCAGAGUACUGCUGCUGCUACUUCUUCAAGAGCUGUUCCCAGUCCUGCUUUCAACCAAGAACCUCGCCGGAAUGAGGUUUCGCCCCUACACAACCGCCAGGCCGCUGAGCUCGAUGACUCAAUGGUUGGUAUGAGCGGUGGUGAGAUUUUCCACGAGAUGAUGCUUCGUCUCGGUGUGAAACAGAUCUUUGGUUAUCCUGGUGGUGCCAUUCUUCCCGUUUACGAUGCUAUUUACAACUCAAAACACUUCGACUUCGUUCUGCCCAAGCACGAACAAGGUGCCGGUCACAUGGCUCAGGGCUACGCUCGUGCGUCUGGCAAGCCCGGUGUCGUUCUUGUUACCUCCGGUCCUGGAGCUACCAACGUUAUUACUCCCAUGCAAGAUGCUAUGUCAGAUGGUACCCCCAUGGUUGUUUUCACCGGUCAGGUCACUACCGGUGCCAUUGGAACUGACGCCUUCCAAGAGGCCGAUGUCAUUGGCAUCUCCCGCGCGUGUACUAAGUGGAAUGUGAUGGUCAAGUCUGUCGCUGAGCUUCCUCGUCGUAUCCAGGAGGCUUUUGAAAUCGCUACUAGCGGCCGUCCCGGCCCCGUCCUGGUUGAUCUGCCCAAGGAUGUCACUGCUGGUAUUCUCCGCAACCCAAUUCCCAUGCAGAGCACUAUCCCCUCUCUCCCAAGUGCUGCAUCCAUGGCUGCCCGUGAGAUGGGCAAGAAAUCUCUCCAGGCUACCAUUGGCCGCGUUGCUCGUCUUGUCAACAUGGCUGAGAAGCCCAUCCUUUACGUCGGCCAGGGUCUCCUUGCCCACCCCGAUGGUCCUGCCAUUCUCAAGGAAUUCGCCGACAAGGCUUGCAUUCCCGUCACCACUACCCUCCAGGGUCUUGGUGGAUUUGAUGAGUUGGACCCCAAGUCCCUGCAUAUGCUUGGUAUGCACGGCUCUGCUUACGCCAACAUGGCUAUGCAAGAGGCCGAUCUUAUCAUCGCCGUUGGUGCUCGUUUCGAUGACCGUGUAACCCUCAGCGUCCCCAAGUUCGCCCCUCAGGCUAAGCAAGCUGCCGCUGAAGGCCGCGGAGGUAUCGUGCACUUUGAGAUUAUGCCCAAGAACAUCAACAAGGUUGUUCAGGCUAACGAGGCUGUCGAGGGUGACUGCUCCGAGAACCUGCGUCUUCUCAUGCCUCAUGUCCAAGCCGUUGCUGAGCGACCCGAGUGGUUCGAGCAGAUCAACGACUGGAAGGCUCGUUUCCCUCUCUCCCUCUACGAUCGUCAGACUCCCGAGAGCCCCAUCAAGCCUCAGUCUGUCAUCGAGAAGCUCAGUGAGCUCACCGCCGACAUUAAGGACAAGACCAUCAUCACCACUGGUGUUGGUCAGCACCAGAUGUGGGCUGCCCAGCACUUCCGCUGGCGUCAUCCUCGUACCAUGAUCACCUCUGGUGGUCUUGGUACCAUGGGUUUCGGUCUGCCCUCCGCCAUUGGUGCCAAGGUUGCCCGCCCAGACUGCCUUGUCAUUGAUAUCGAUGGUGAUGCUUCUUUCAACAUGACCCUUACUGAGCUCUCCACCGCUGCUCAGUUCAAUAUUGGUGUCAAGGUUCUCUUGAUGAACAACGAGGAGCAGGGAAUGGUUACACAAUGGCAAAACCUGUUCUACGAGGAUCGUUACUCUCACACCCACCAGCAGAACCCCGACUUCGUUCCCCUUGCCCGAGCUAUGCGCGUUGCUGCCGAGCGCGUCAGCAACCCUGCCGAUCUCGAAGCUAAGCUGAAAUGGCUUAUCGAGCACGACGGCCCUGCCCUUCUGGAGGUUAUCACUGACCGCAAGGUUCCCGUUCUUCCCAUGGUCCCUGCCGGCAGUGGUCUCCACGAGUUCUUGGUCUACGAUGAAGCCAAGGAGGUUGAGCGCAAGGCUCUGAUGAAGUCGCGCAAUGCCCCCACCGAGGUUAACCGCCGCGAUUAA